AUGGCUAGCCCUCCUGUGCUAGCUUUCGAUACUGAGGGACGUCCAGUGAAAUUUGACACCUGGCUAGAUGACCUGCACCUUUUCCUACAGCUCCCAGCCAAGGAGGACAUCUCACUGUACGAUCACGCCCUAGGCCAUGCCCCUGCGCCUGCUGCUACUGCCGACAGCUCUACCCGCUCACAGUGGCAGACUCGUGACGCCCACGCUCGCUUUGCUAUUCGCAACUCCCUGCCGAUAGAUGAGCGCGAGCACUUUGGCCAGCACAAGACUGCACAGGACCUGUACAAAGCUGUCGUUGCCCGCUACUCCUCGCCUGCCUCUGCCGCUCUAGGCCGUCUCUCGCUUCCCUACCUGUUCCCCGACUUUUCCUCUUUCCACACAGUCGCUGACCUCAUCACGCACCUCCGCACUAGUGAGGCUCGCUUCCGUGCUGCCAUGCCCGCCGAGUUCCUUGCCAAGAACCCUCCCCCGCUCUGGCUCACUCUCUACCACCUAGUCACCCGCCUCCCUGACUCUCUGCGUGCAGUCAGGGAUUCCUUCCUAGCUCGCUGCCCUACUGAGCUCACCAUUGCCCUCCUCGAGAAGGAACUACUUGCAGCUGAGGCUAGCAUAGUCGCUGUAGGUGCCUCUCGUGGCGACCCCCGCACCCCGUUCUUUGAGGGGUGUUCUCCUUCCCCCCUUCUUCCCUCUGUCGCCUCUGCUGCUGCUGUCGACCUCCUUGGUGCUGAGAAGGUCGGGACUGCGUCUGCUUCGAGCGGACGCCGCAGCGGCAAGGGCAAAGGGGGCAAGGGAGGCGGAGGUGACGGCGGGGGAGGAAGUGGUGGGGGCGGUGGCGGCGGUGGGGGUGGUGGCGGGGCUGGAGGGGCGAGUGGCGGCGGUGGGGGUGGUGGCGGCAGCGGCGGGGGCGGUGGUGGGGGUGGCGGUGGACGCGGCGGCGGCAGGGGUUGGGGUGGUCGAGGAGGUGGGGGCGGAGGUGGUGGUCGUGGAGGCGCUGGCGGUGGUCCGAGCCAGCAGCACACUCCGUCGCCCCAGGAGGUCCGUGAGUGGUACUCUCAGCACGGGGGGGGGGGGGGUGGCUUUAGCUGCACGUAUGUCAUUCGCACUGGUGACCGCACUGGUCAGCAGUGUGGGGGACCGCACGCCACGCAGCGCUGCUUCGCCCGCCUCAACGACGCUUGGCGUGUUCAACUUUGA